UUUCACUCCACUCCCCUCCUAUACUUAUAAUCUUUACUUCACCGUACAGCCCAGAACAAUUCAUUUGCAAACAGACCAUUUCAUCUCGCCCUACGUCCCUCCUCUCCCCAAACUAUAGGUAGCCAACAUGAAGCUGUACUAUAUCUCUGUCAUACUCAUGACAUGCCUGAGCACUGUUAUUGCUCAAGGAAUGGACGGCCUCCCAGACUGCGCGAAAGAUUGUGCUACUGGCUCCAUUCCCAAGCAGUGCCAGACUAUCGAUGUUGCCUGUAUCUGCGGUGACAAAAGCUUUAUCAAUAGUAUCUCUUGUUGUGUCGCCAAUAAAUGCUCAAAGGAUCAACAAGAUGCUGUUCUCAAAUUCGCAAGCCAGCUCUGCAGUGGCGCCGGUGUAAAUGACCUCCCCAAGAGUGCUAGCUGCGCUGAGGGAAGUUCAAGCGCUACUGAGACUUCCUCCGAUUCUUCUGCCUCCAGCAAGUCGACUACUGCGAAGAGCACGGCUACGAAUGAAUCGGCUACGACUACGGGUUCUUCCGGCAGUUCUGCAUCACCAACCGCUUCCAAAUCUGGCAGUAACACCAAGACCUCAUCUACCUCAUCAUCGUCACCUACUACCAGUACUGGCGGAGCUGCCCUUGUACAAGGCAAGGACACUAGCCUCCUUGCUGCUAUGGGUGCGGCGGUCUUCGCAUUCCUUGCGUAGAGAAGUGAGAUGCCGGGCGCCUCUUUCCGGGUACACAGAAUGGCAGAGAUACCUGACUACAUAAAGACAAGUUGGGGAAGUCAAGCAGAGAAUCAAGUUUUGUCUACACCCAAGACACCGGGCGAACAAG